GCGGGCCCCCACGCGGCAGGUUUUGGCGGGCUCGGGAAGAUGGCGGCGCGGCGGCGGUCGUCUUUUAUCCCCUCGGCGGUGGCGGCGUCGUUGUCGUCGUCGUCGUCGUCUUCUUCUUCUUCUACCCGCUCGGCGUCACUGUCUUCUACCCCCACGGCGUCGUUGUCUUCUGCCCGCUCGGCGUCGUUGUCUUCUGCCCGCUCGGCGUCAUUGUCUUCUACCCCCACGGCGUCGUUGUCUUCUGCCCGCUCGGCGUCGUUGUCUUCUGCCCGCUCGGCGUCGUUGUCUUCUGCCCGCUCGGCGUCGUUGUCUUCUACCCCCAUGGCGUCGUUGUCUUCUGCCCGCUCGGCGGCGGCGGCGUCUUCUACCCGCCCGGCGGCGGCGGCGUCUUCUACUCGCCCGGCGGCGGCGUCUUCUACCCGCCCGGCGGCGGCGUCUUCUACCCGCCCGGCGGCGGCGUCUUCUACCCGCCCGGCGGCGGCGUCUUCUACCCGCGCGGCGGCGGCGUCUUCGACCCGCCCGGCGGCGGCGACGGCAGCGGCGUCAUCUACCCGCGCGGCGGCGGCGUCUUCGACCCGCCCGGCGGGGACAGCUGCAUUGGACACCAAGUGGGAGAGCGAUCACCUCUGGAUCUGUUUGCUGGCCUUGGGCUUUGACCCGAAGCACUACCAUGGCGUAGAACUAGGGAGGAAUAUGUUUGCUAAACCGAACUGCAGAGCGUUUUCUGUCGUUGCCCUCUUCUUGUUUACUAAGCUGGAUAAGCACCGUGCAAGGCAAACUUUCGAGCAAUCCACAAGCACAAAACUAGCAAGUCCUAGAUUUAGGAAGCUCUGCUGUCUGUGGCUAAGAGAAAUUUCACGGAAGGAAGUAGGUCUUCCACAAAUUACACCUUCCACACUGGUUUGUCCUGGUGGCGCUAAAUUUGUUCAUGUGUUCUACCAUUUUGCAAGAUACGUAAUGAUUGAGGACCUGAAAAAGCUCUUUUUAGGCACUGAUAUACCUUUUGCUAAAGCUGUUAUUUGGAGACCUCGGGAUAUGUACAUAACAAAAGCAAGACACAGAGUUGCAUACAAUAAACUGCUGCAAAUUCUUCAAAGGGGAGACUUUGUUCUUCAAGAAUAUAUGGGGAAAGUACGGGUUUUAAUUAGAAGAAUUAAGCAGACAAAGUCUGAAUAUGCAGUUGUGCAGAGGCAGUUUUGCAGGAUGAAGGAAAAUGACCUAAACAAAAAUGACACAACUGAGAGAAUUCAGAAGGUCCGCAGUAUGUGGGCACUUAUAAUGGAAGUGCUUACAUCUCUGAAAAAGGAAAAGGAAGUUGUGGAUUCUGUACUUGCAGACUGUGUUAACCCACGUACUCUAGAUGGAACUGAUGUUGUUUUGAGUGUUCCAGCGUUGUUGACUUACAGAAUUGAGAGUAACAUAUAUAGAUUUUGUACAGGAAAUUUAUAUGAAGAUGGAAAUCUGAAUUUCCUAACAGUUAUUCAAUUGCUAAAUGAAGCCCUGAUGACAUUGAGAGAUGAACAUUGUCCAUGUGAAUUAAAAGAACUUCACAGGAUUGAGGAUAUGGUUACAUCCUACAAGAAAGUACUACGGGAGUUGAACACAGAAAGUCUAAGAAGAAAGCAAGAGCAUUGUGAGCCAAAGGAUCAGUCUCUUCCCAGAAAGGAGGAAAUCUGGGAAUCAAAGUGGAAAACGAUUCUUGGCCAGUGUCCUUUUAAUUUAAUCUUUAAAGAUGAUCUACAACCAGCUUCAUCACUUCAGUCUUUUAGUUCUUCAGACGAAGAUGAAGAUAGUGUCCUUUAUCAGUCAUUUUCAGGUAAAGCUGAAGAAUGCCAUGAAGAAAGUGAUGGUGCUUUGGAAACUACAAUCGAUACAAAAUUAGUACCCUCAAGAUGGAGCUCAUUGGUGCCGUCAUCGUCAGAAGCGUCUGAAAAUGGAGACCUGUUAAUUAAAAAUAACUUGAAUACUUGUUUUGGAAAUAAGAAACCUGUGCCUCAAAAAAACUUAAAAAAUGGAAAGGAAGAAUUCCCUACUUCAGAAAUGGAGGAGAAUGCAGGUGAAAAUGUUACCCAGCCAAAGUCUCCUGCGAAAAAAGGUUACCUUCUUGAGAAAGCCAGAGAUGAACUGGCGGAAGAGAUUGUAAAGUCAGUGAUGUCUGAGUCACCUCAGAGUGGUGAAGAAAAAGGAAUGACAUUAGAUGAUCUCAUUAGCUCACUGUCUUUUAACCCAUUUUUAACGAGGAAUCAAAUACCCCGAACUCCAGAAAAUCUGCUUACUGAAAUUAGAAGUUCAUGGAGAAAAGCUAUUCAGACUGAGGGCUCAUUAGACCCAAAGCUGUCCUCAACUGAAGUGGUGACGGAAGAAUCUUCAAUGAAUGCUACACCCAGUGUGCAGGAGGAGUUGGACUCAACCUUUGUGUGCCCUGAACCUGUGUCUCCUGUAUCUGACUUGGGUCCUCCUGUAUCAGAAAAUAAGUCUCAACUAAAUUCUACAGAAUCUAGUUUUCAGGAGCAGGUGAGUGUAAGUCAUACAUUUGAAUCUUCAGAUUUGGAAACGUCUGGAAUUGAAGAAAGUGAGAGAACUGAAUCAGAGGAAGCAGAUUGUUCUACUUUGAGUGGAAGUUCUGUAGAAGAUCUAAACCAGACUUUGCAAAAUGUAGAGAAUGACCUGAAUAUUCCAGAUACUUGUUCAAAAAGUGGUAGUAGAACAAAUACGCUACCUUCAGACCACUGUCACAGUUUUCUAAUGGCUAAGAUGCAGUGCUGCAAUGUAUCUCUGUUAAAUUCUGUCCAUCGUGAAUCUGCUGACAUGGGAAUAUUGCAUGAGACACUUCCAGAAUGUGAUGAUAUGGAUCUCAGCAAAUCUGCAGACUCAGACUCUAUUAUUUUUACAAUGGACAGUGAAAAUUUAUUGGAUGGCUCAGAAUAUAAUGAGGAUAUUAAAAAAUUGGACCUAGAUAUGCAGUCACUGUCCAGCUCACAUGAAGUGCUAAAGAAGACUGCAUCUAAGAAUGAAGAGAAGCUGCAUCAAACACAUAAUGUAGACAAAUCUCAACAUUAUAGAGCUAAACUAAGUACGGUAUCAGAAAGAGAAGAGGAAAAGGAGGAUGAUCCUUCCAUGGAUGAAGGAUUUACCAAGAUGCCAUUUCCAGACUCUCCUGAUGAAAUUAAACAUUCCCUGUCAUCUUUCCUGUAUCCUGUCAACAGAUGGAUGGUACAUGAAGUCCCAGUAGACUUACUACAUAAAUUGAAGGGGCAACAAGGAGGAACCAGGAAACUACUGGCCAGUCAGCCUAGCCAUCAUCCCUGGAAAGGUGGUGGAACAGAUCAUUCAGAAGAUCAUCAUCAAGCAUGUAGAAGAAAUGGUCAUCAGGAAUAGUGAGGAUGAAUCCAUCAAGUAGUUAGGAUGGUCACUGGGAGUCGACAAGUGGAAAUCAUACUUUACCAAUAGCCUUCUGAGAUGACAGGGUGGGUUGGCUAGGGGGGGAGCAGUGGAUAUUGUUUGCUGUUAAAUGUCCCGGUCUGGCCAUUAUAAGACUCUGGCAGUGACAUUCCCAACAUCAGAGACUUUGACUGUUGGGAGUGAAGUCCCUUCACAGUGGGUGGCUCCAGUGAGCUGACAGGUGCCUUGCUUGACUCCUCACACAGCCCACCCUCACAUGCUGUCAGACCAGUUUCCUUACAGGUCCCAGGUGUCCCAUAGCAGUGUCUCAGAUGUCUCAGUCCAUAAAGCUGUUUAUUCACAGUGCAGUAACACAGAAACAGCUCGAGCUGGUGCCUCUGAGCAGGACCCAGCAAAGGAACCCCAGAUCUUUUAGACCCUCAGUCUCCCCAGAUGCAAGUCUUGCUCUUCCUCCUGAGUCUUCAGCUUCUGUCCCCCCCCCACUUUCUGUUUGCAUCCACCUAGAUGGUGUCACUAGUCUUCAUCUUCUUUGUUAUUCAAAAGGUGGGCAGUUCCUAGCUCCUGAUGUGUCUGUCAGUGUCCAUUCACCUGGCUGCUGUCAUCCAUAUUCAUACUCCUUGUUAUCCUGAAGUUUGGCAAUGCUCAGGCUCUCGCCCAGAGCUCAGAUAACAUCUCAGUCAUCAGCUUGGGUGUCCAUCUGCAUGGAUCAGAUGAUAUCAGCACUACCUUAAUUUCAACAAAGGUUUUGAUAACAUAGCAUUCUCAUCUUCCAUAACAUCCUCAUAGGUAGGCUCAGGAAAUGUGGGUUAAAGGAAUGGGCAGUGAACUGAAUCAAGUAUUGGCAGAGCUCUGAGAGUCAUGAUCAGUGCAGCAGAGUCCAGUAGGAGGCCUGCAGUCAGUGGUAUUCCAAAGGAUCAAUACUGGGUCCAAUCUCAUUGAAUUUGUUUAUCAGUGGCUUGGAGAAAGGGAUCAAAUGCACUCUCAGCAAGUUUGCUGGUGACUCCAAACUGGGGGCAGUGGCUGAUCCACCUGAAAGCUCUGCUGCCAUUCAAUGGGACCUUGAUCAUCUGGAGGGCUGGGCAGAGAGAAACCUGGUGAGGCUCAAGUGCCAGGUCCUGCACCUGGGGAGGAACAGCCCCAAGUGCCAGCACCGUCUGGGGCUGACCUCCUACAGAGCAGCUCUGUGGAAAAGGACCUGGGACUCCUGGUGGAUCACAAGGUGUCUGUGAGCCAUCAGUGCCCCUGUGGCCAGGAGGGCCAAUGUCAUCCUGGGGUGCAUUGGCAGGAGUGUGGCCAGCAGGUCGAGGGAGGUGAUCCUCCCCCUCUACUCAGCCCCAGUGAGGCCACUCCUGGAGUGCUGUGUCCAGCUCUGGGCUCCUCAGCACAAGGGAGACAAGGAGCUACUGGAGAGGGUCCAGAGGAGGGCCCCAAGGAUGAUCAGGGGUCUGGAGCUUCUCUCUCAUGAGGAGAGACUCUGGGAGCUGGGACUGUUUGGUCUGGUGAAGAUUGAGAUAUUUCUAUGUAUGGAUGAGAUCCCCUCUCAAAGGUGGGUGUCAGGAGGAUGCUGCCAGACUCUUCAGUGGUACCCAAAAAAAGAAGCAAGGAGCCGUGGCCACAAACUAAAACACAAGAAGUUCCACUGUAACUUGAGGCAGAAAUUCUUUACACAGCAGGUGGCAGAGCACUGGAACAGCUGCCUGGAGAGGUUGUGGAGUCUCCCUCUCUGGAGACACUCAAAACCCAACUGGACACAUUUCCAUGUCAACUAUUUUAGGUGACCCUGCCUUGGUGGGGGGGGUUGAACUAGAUGAUCACCAGAGGUCCUUUCCAGUGCUAACUGUGCUGUGAUUUAAUGAAGUACUUGGAAUUUAAUAUAAGCUAGUCUCAAGGAGUGGUAAAAUUUAUUUCUUUGUGCAAGAAAGGUUUCAUUUAGAACUGUAGCUGUGUUGGUAGCAACUGAUGAGAACACUUAUCAAAUGGUACUUAGAGUACCAUUGCAUAUAUGUUUUAUUAGUACAUGUGAAAGAGCUUCAGUAUUUCUGUCUUAAUUGUUGAAUACUAUAGAGUGCAAACUAGUAUGUUUUCUCUUUCAGAUAAGAACAGUUGAGUUGGAAGCUGGGCACGAAGGAACCUUCAU